CUAGGGCCCUGGGCCCCAGCCUUCACACAUGCGCACUCUCGCUCCCCGGCUUCCCCCUCCCCUUCCUCCCGCCCUUCUCCUCCCCUCGCCUCCCCUCCCUCCAUUCUCGCGCCCUUUCCGGGCUUGGCUCCGCCUCGCUUCCAGCCGAGACCACGCCCCCAGAAGCAGUUCCGGUUCGGGCGGGCGCUGCCGCGGGCGCUGCCGCGGGCGCUGCGGGGCCCGAGGUCCCAGUGUGAUGCCCACGCGCAGCCGCCUCGAGCCGUUGGCUCCGCCCUCGUCCCCAGCUCCGCCCUCGCCCCCACUCGGGGCCCCCAGUCCCGGCUCCGCCCGGAGGGGCCACCGGGACAGCGAAAGCGGCGGGAGCAGCGACUGCUGGGACAGUGGCGAGAUGUCGGAGAGACCCAGCCCGGCCAGCCGGGUCGAAGAGGACGAGCGGCCCCAGCAGACAACAAGGGAGAAGAUGGCAGGGUAUAACCAGCUCUGCAUUCGCCGUUGGACUACUCGGCACGUUGCUACGUGGCUGAAAGAUGAAGGUUUUUUGGAAUAUGUGGACAUCUUAUGCAAUAAACAUAGACUCGAUGGACUCACCCUGCUAACAUUGAGUGAAUAUGAUCUGAGGUCACCUCCUCUGGAAAUAAAAGUCUUGGGAGACAUCAAAAGGUUGAUGUUAUCAAUACGUAAACUGCAAAAAGUACAUAUUGAUGUUUUGGAAGAAAUGGGUUACAACAGCGACAGUUCCCUGGGCCCCCUGUCCCCUUACAUCAGUUCUCUUCAGGGCUCUGAGUGGCUUUGUAAUGGGGAGCUUCCCCACGACUGUGACGGACCUAUCACUGACCUGAGUUCGGAUCAGUACCAGUACAUGAAUGGGAAAAACAAACACAUGGUUCGAAGACUAGACCCAGAAUACUGGAAGACCAUAUUGAGUUGCGUGUAUGUGUUCAUCGUGUUUGGGUUCACCUCCUUCAUCAUGGUUAUAGUCCAUGAACGAGUGCCUGACAUGCAGACUUAUCCACCACUGCCAGAUAUAUUCCUAGAUAGUGUUCCUAGGAUCCCAUGGGCCUUUGCCAUGACAGAAGUGUGUGGGGUUAUUCUCUGCUACAUCUGGCUACUGGUGCUUCUCCUUCAUAAGCACAGGUCAAUACUCCUUCGAAGGCUUUGUAGCCUGAUGGGCACCGUGUUUUUACUUCGCUGCUUUACCAUGUUCGUGACUUCCCUCUCAGUGCCAGGACAGCACCUCCAAUGUUCAGGAAAGCUCUAUGGCACUGUUUGGGAGAAACUGCACCGAGCCUUUGCCAUAUGGAGUGGCUUUGGCAUGACCUUGACUGGAGUACAUACUUGUGGAGAUUAUAUGUUCAGUGGCCACACAGUUGUCCUGACUAUGCUCAACUUCUUUGUUACUGAAUAUACACCAAGAAGCUGGAACUUCUUGCACACUCUGUCGUGGGUCCUCAACCUCUUUGGAAUCUUCUUCAUUCUGGCUGCACAUGAACAUUACUCUAUUGAUGUGUUUAUUGCCUUUUAUAUCACCACAAGACUCUUUUUGUAUUACCAUACUUUGGCCAAUACUAGAGCAUAUCAGCAGAGUAGGAGAGCAAGGAUCUGGUUUCCUAUGUUUUCUUUUUUUGAAUGCAAUGUUAAUGGCACAGUACCUAAUGAGUAUUGUUGGCCUUUUGCAAAACCUGCAGUAAUGAAAAGAUUAAUUGGUUGAAGAAUGUGUCUUUGUAAAGGGUUUAUGAUCAAAUAUACAGAAAUGGUUGGAAAACUAGUAACUUAUUUUUUUCCCUCUUGUGUUUCUGAAUUACUUGGCUUGUUAGUUGACAAAGUGGAGCUUUCUUGUGCUUAGCAAGGUUAGGAUUGUAAAAAGGCAAGCCAAGUAGUCUUGAGUAGUCAAGAGUGCUCAAGUAGGCAUUUGAACAGAAAGUAUAAAUUGUCUUUUUCCUUUUGGGGGAGGGGCAGGAAGGAAGAGUUCAGAUUUUGUGUUAGUAUUUUGAAGUAGGUAUAUUUCUUGUUGAAAAAGAUUUCUGCUGAUUACUGGCAUGACUAUAUUCAAGAAAUAAUAUUUUGUUGAAGCUGCUACUGGUUAUCUUCAAAGAAAAAAAUCUAUGAGCAAUACUUGUCAUUUAAGCAGAUCUUUCUCUCUCUCUUCCUCCUUCUCUCCCCACCUCCUUCCUUUACCCAUCCUUUUCCCUUCCCCCAUAUAUAUAUAUAAAUAGACACACACACACACACACACACACAGAGUUUAGAAAGUGUAAUUCUGAAGAAUGCAUAAGGGUUCUUUUUUGGCUAAUAGCUACCUUCUGAGUCCACCAUCUCUGAGAAGAUAACUGUGUUACACCAAGAUGCCUGAGAUUAGGAGAAAAGAACUCAAGGGGCAUUAUAUGAGGUGGACAGAGUACUGAUGAUAAAGCCAUCAACAAAUUAAAGUCACUGAUCACACUGCAUUUGUAACCAGAGGAGCAAAUAAUAUAAAAUAUUUCCUUUCCAUUUUGGGGGCUCAGUUUGGCCUUCAGUUGGUAGGAAGAUGUAACAAGGGAAUCACUUUAAAAGACUGAUAUAUAAGACUUAUAAAUGUUGGAAAUUUCACCAUUGGGAUAUUUCAUACUAAGAGAUGGCCACAUUCUUAGAAAAAUAACUGGUUUAGUUUUAGUGAUGUCACCUUGAAACUUGUACUUUUUAAAGACAAAUUAUUUAACUAGAGAAAUGGGAGUGUUUUCUAGAUAUUGAACAAGAUUUUUAUGCCCUGUAAAUAAGGAAAAUAAGCAUGUUGAUCAUUUUAACUUCUGGGGAAAAAGCUCAAUAGUAAAUUUCAGAAUUUUUUCCCUUCUAUUUUUGAUUUUUGAAGUUUCUGGUUAUAGUUCAUUGAAAAAUGAGCAAAUAUAUUUAGAAACUCAAAGAGGGUUUUUUUUUUUAAACACAAACUUGUAAAUACAUUCUUUUUUAUAAAGUCUUAUUUCAGCAGCCAGCACAUUAGAUUAGCUGCUUGUUUACAACACUAAAAGUUAAGUAUUCUGAAAAUUUUACUUAUAAGAAACCAUUGAUCACUUUUUGGGAAUGAUUUUAUUUUGUGGUUGUGACUAGAAAAUAGUUAUAGAACUGGAGUUUUGAAAUCUUUGGUGAGCAUAUGUAGCGUGUCCUGCUCUUAGCCAUCCUCUGAAAAUCCUGGGAGUGCCCUUAGCCACUUGAAAACUUCAUUGUGUAGUCUUACAUUUCUUUUUAUACAUAGGAAGUUGGAGAAGGUGCUUGCUUUUGAGGCAUUUACUUUGAGGACCUGAGUGAGACCAACUGAAUAACAAUCUGCUGCUCCUUUGCCUUUUUCUUUUGGCACUUUAAUUAAUCUCCCACCCAUUAGCUACAGAGGACCCAGGAUGGAUUACAACGGAAAGUAUUAUUAUCCUAGUUCAUUAAGCAUACUAGGUGACCUGAUUUGUAUCUGCUUUUAACUUGACCAUUUAAGUUCACUCCUGAAUAUUCAUCUCUAGAAGACAACACCAAGUGUAGAAUAUGGCUAAUUUAAAUUUUAUUAUGCUCUCCAGUCCCUGAUGCUUCUAAUUCUUAUAACAUCUUUAAUUGUCAAUUGUUAUAUUCAUUGGGGAGGGAAAGAGGGCAAAAAUGCUGACAUUUCAAGGAAACUGCAGUGUCUUGAAGGGUGAUUGUUUCUAUGUCAGUCAGAAUAGUUCAUAAGAAACUGAUCUGCCUCUCCCUCUUGAGGUCAAGGGAUGGCCGGCCAGUGUUAUGAUUUAUUUUCAGACUGGCAAAACAGAAUUGAACAUCCCCUUUCAGGACUCAGAUACAGUGUAGCUUAGCUGGGGAAGGUCAGAGAAUUGCUUUUGGAGAAAUUUUUCAAAAUAUAUUGUAACAUUAUUCAACAUAUAUUAUUGAACAUAAUUCAUAUAUAUUAAAGAAAUUCCUACUUAGUGAUUACUUUUUCCCUCUUUAGUCUCCUUCAUAUAAUUUUUAAGACUCAAAAAGAAAAAUUCAGUUAUCUUUUCAGAGCUAUUAAUAUUGAGGGCACCUAACCCAUAGGCUGCUUGAAGCCUUCAUUAGUUGUCAGGACUUUAAAAUAAAUUUUCAACCUGGCAUUUACUCGUAUCUGUUGUUGAAUCAAAAAGUAGAGGUUUGUAAUUUAUUAUUGUAGCUAUUAUAAGACAGUGUUUACAUAAACUAAAGUGAUCAUCUCGAAGGCUCUUUCCUGGAAGACUUUGAGACAAAAUUCUUUUCAGUUUUUUAAAUGUGAAAUUUAUAUAAUUUUUUUGUCCAGAAAUUUCCUGAUUUUACCUUUGAAUCUUUUUUUCCUUCUAAAAACCAAGCCAUAGUGAUGAUAACAUUUAUGUUUACAUUUUGGGCUUCAUAUGUUUGGGUAGGGAAGCUACAUGCACUAGGUCUGCAUCAUUGUUUUAUGACAUUAUGGUUCUACCACUGUGAAUUGUUGAGGCAUUCACAUCACCAAGAAUUCAGGGUUUGUUUCCUCAUUUCUAACGUGCUGUGGAGUCAUGUAUAGAAGGAAAGACAAGGGUUUAUUUGGCAAACAAAAGGAGGUGGUUUCCCUUUCUGUUGUUGGUGUGUAGUUGUUGGGGUCCUAGAGCCCGAGGGUUCCACUUUAUAGAUCAGAGAGCAUUUGAAUUUUAGUUACUACUGAAGUGUACAGUGGGACAGUAGCAGGACUUGGAAAAGGGACGUCAACAAAUAAUGGGCCAUACUGUAUUACUGAAUUCCUGAUGCCUCUUUUCUUCUCUUGCUCUAGUCUCACAUGACUAACUUGAUAAAGCAAAACUACACCAACUUUGUCAAGAUUGCAAAAGGUUGGAGUAUUCAUCUUUUACAUCUCAUCAUGGUCAUUUGGGUUUUUUGAAGGAAGAAAUCAGUAAACUUAGAUUUGGAGAUAGAGACUUGAAUAAAUGCAAGUUGUUCAAAGACAUAAUUCACUGAUUAGAAAGUUGGUGUUUCAGUUACAGAAUUUUAAGAAUGACAUUAUGAGUAUUCCUUUCCUUUUGCCUGUAUAUUUCAUGGAGUCUUAGAAAGCCAACAAAUACAAAAAGAGAAUAAGAGAUGGCAUGUAGAUAGUAUAAUGGAUUCCGUUUUCAGGGUAUCUGCUUAGUUAGUUUAAUAUUACUAAAAUACCCAUAACACUAAUAUGCUGUUUGUAUUCAACAAAAAAAAUCACUAAUUUCACAUGAACUUUUAAAAAAUUAUAAUUACAAAAUGCCAGAGUACUCUAACAAAAUUGUUGUUUUAAACUUGCUAAUUUAGUAAACUUAAUUUUUAUGGUCUUUUUUUUAGUAGAUUUCAAAUAUCACUAAUUAUAUUAGUCAUAGCUAAGUCUAAUAGGAAUAUUCAGUUAUUUAAGAUGAAUAAAAAUGUACUGUUAGAAUGCUUUUAAAACAGUAUCAUUUUCAUUUGGAUGCUUUCAAAGCCAACUGAAGUAUGCUAAUUAGUAUCCAACUUUGCUUAGCAGGUUAAGGAUUUGGUUUCUACAAACUUUAGGUUGAAUAAAUUGUGUCUGCUUGAGGGUGAAUAUGCCUGUAACAUCUAAGGCCAAACUUACAAGUAAUUAACAAAACUAGAUUUUCUCCCCAAAUGUGUUUGAGAAAAAAUUUGAAAAAAUUAUAAUUAGUAUUAGAGGAAGAAUUUUUCAUAGCCCUCCCCCCUUUCCUCCCCAACCUAUUACCAAUUUAUAAUGGCUAAAAUUUGAUUUUCUUUUUUAAACAGUAUAUAAAGUCCAAUGAUAGCCUUGACUAAAUUUGUAAACCAUAAUUUUAGCCACCAGUAGCCACUUUUUAAUUAUACUUUCCUCCCCAAACUAACUGAAGGACUUUGCAACUCCCUAAUCAAAGCACUCCACAGUUCAGCAUAAUUCAACUUGAAUCCCUCAGGGUGGGAGGGAUAUUGUGAAAAAGCAUGUUCAAUGCCAAAGUCAAGGUAGUUUUUUUCUAUGCCUAUAUGAAAUGUCUAAACUGCUGAGUUAUCUGAAGAGUGAAAUACAGUUAGCUAUGUGAUCAGUUAAUCCAUUUAGUAAUAUCACCCUAUUGUUUGAAGUUCAUUUUUAAUUUGAAUAGUCUUUUGGCACCAUGGAAUACUUUGGUUAAGUAACAAAUAAGACAUGGAAACUGGUACUUAAUGCUUUGGGGGAACCAAUGCCAACUCACACUGAAAUAAGCAUGUUUUCCUUUUGAGAGUCAUACCCAAAUGUCUCCCUACUCCACAAAGAAACUAGUGUUACUUGAAGGUGUGUGAGUCCAUGAGGCAGCCGUACCUUGAAGCACAGUAUUGUAAAUAAGUAAAUAUUGUCUUGACUCAAAAUUUAAAUCCAGAUUUCAUUAAUAUAUUAUUUUAUAUCUUUGUUGUAUCAAAACAUAUAAAAGAACUAAAAAUAAAACAUUUGAAAGCAA